ACAAAUGGACGAAACCGAGCGGGCUAUUAGCAAGAUUAGAUACAACAUCCGCAUGCGAUCAUGAGACAGCCUCAAUUUCGUCAAUCUCAACGUAGAAAUCAUGGCAUAGCACCAUAGGCAUUGCCACCAAAAUAUAUCCUGCAUUUCAAUCGUCUACAGUGGACAUAUGAACCUUACUGCUUGAACGCAGUCGUGGGGAGUGCUUGGGAUCGUUUGGAUCAGUCCUUCCUUCUCUAAUUCCACCAUUCCCCGCCAUGUCCAGCCCUCGUGUCCUCAGCAUCCAAUCCCACAUGGUCUCUGGCUACUGUGGCAAUAAAGCUGCCACAUUCCCCUUGCAAUUGCUUGGUUUUGAUGUUGAUGUCAUGAAUACCGUCAACUUUUCAAAUCACACUGGAUACCCAUCGUGGACAGGGGAAAGGGCUACCGGGGAGCACCUGCUACAGUUGUACAAAGGACUCCAGACGAACGGACUCGUUGAAUACACGCAUAUUUUGACAGGAUAUAUCGGUAGCGCUCAGAACCUGUCAGCUGUAACUGAGAUCAUUGCCCAACUGCGGACGCAUGGCGAUCCGUUCUUUGUGCUGGACCCUGUAAUGGGCGACAAUGGCCAGCUUUACGUGCACUCUGACGUGAUACCGCUUUACAGAAAGCUGAUGAAGUACGCCAAUGCCAUUACACCUAACCAGUUUGAAGCAGAAAUCUUGGCCGACAAAAAGAUUACAGACGUCAAGUCAUGCCUGGAAGUGCUCGAUAUCUUGCAUACUACUGGGGUAGAAAAUGUUGUGAUUACAUCGGUGUCCCUCUUGCCGAGUGAUGUUGCUGCUCAUGCUGCACAUUGGCAUCCACAUCACCAUCACCAUCAUAAGGACGAAGAAACGACCGAGCCUUCAAUGUACUGUGUUUGCAGCAGUAAAGGGGAUCAGGAUGAGACUAAGAAAGUGUUUGCUAUUGGUUUCCCCACCUACGAUGGAUAUUUCACGGGAACCGGAGAUUUGUUCUCUGCAUUGCUGGUGGCAUGGUUAGAUGAGGCACUAGUGGAGGCUCAACCCCCUGCCAAGGCUGGGUCCGCGUAUGGACUCGGAUCAAAGGAAAUGCACACUCCGCUCGUGAGGGCCUGCGUCAAAGUGGUUGCGACGAUGAAGGCAGUGGUGCUGAGGUCGUACUUGGCACAAAUGGGAAUUACAUCUGGAGGGCAACUAGAUCGAACGCAGGCAUCGUCUGCUGCAGUGAUCAAACGGUGUGAAUUGCGGCUGAUUCAGAGCAAGAAGGAUAUUGAGCAGCCGGAUGAGCAAGGAGUUGAAGCGGUCGAGCUCAGUUGGAUAGAAAAGGGAAAACAUUAACAAUCAAGCUCGACAGAUGCCCCAAUAGACCUAUUAUGUCCAAGAUAAUGAAGUAAAGCGCUCGUGCGAAUUUGACCUAGAAGAUAGUAUCGCAAUGGGCCCUUUGUUAUCAAGACACAGGAUGCCGUUAUUCGUCCUUCAUUGGGCGAUGAGGGAGUGUGUAAUUCACUCUAUCUCUUCCUCUC